AUGAUUUGUCAUGGAAGGAGUUCUCGCAUAGACAACAUGUCAGAGAUACAGUCGCCAAUUCUUUUUGAUAAUUGCUCCUCAUUCAGUACUGUAGGAUGGAUGUUACUGAUGACUGCCGCUGUCAGCUUGAUAUUCAGUUCGUUUCCAUUUUACACAUUGAUAAAUUUCGCAUGGAAAGAGUACGAUGCCGCGGUUAUAGGUCUCUCAAGAGCUAUAAAAGUUUAUCUUAUCGCCUUCAUAGCCACAGAGAUGUUUGGCAACAUGUUUGUCGUGCCGUUAUUUUUUAUAAAGGACAUGCAAAGUCUCGUUUGUUGGCCAGUUUCUCGCUCAAAAGUGACGGUGCAGACACUUUGUGCCUUGUCAUUUUGCUCUUAUUUUUCGUACAAAUUGCUGUCGAUGUUUUUAACCACAAUCACAGGUUACUCUUGUUUACUUCACUUUAAUCAGUCGUCUAAGUUGUACAGGGGAGAGGAAUUUAGAACUGUCAACAAAACGUGCGGCUACGAAGCUCAGAUUUCAUUAGUAACAGAGUCCAGCCAGUCUCAUCAAUCUGGAAGCAGUUGUGAAAGCACGUCAAGUAGCAUUUCUCGAAGGCGGCCGCUCUGGUUCAUGUUGAUAUUCGUUGUUGUUUUGGCCAUUGGCAUACCUUCACUUCCACUCGUUGGCCUUGGUCCAUUCAAUCUUGCAACUGCACCGGAAAUUUCAACAACUCUUAACAAUGCAAACAUAAGUCGUUUAGAUAGCGAUGUGCUACAAACCGAAGUCUGCACUUUGUUUACUUUUGCAACUCCGGCGACAGAAAAGGAGUACAUUUUCCCCCUUGCACUUCUAAUGGCAUCUGGAAGCUGUGGCCUAAUUCUCAUUUAUAUUCUUUUUGCUGUCCUAUCUGGCAGGAUAAGAUCACAAGAGAAAUUUUUUGAAGAGGUCGCACUACUGGUCAGUGUUCAAGGCCUCUUGUUUCUAGCAACUUGGCUGCCAGUAUUGGUAUCAGUGUGCUUUGCAAUAUCAGGGAAGGACGUCCCUUACAAGGUGCAGUGCUACCUUACUCUCGUUACCUUCUUGAACUGUUUGACACACCCUUUUCUUUUUGGAUACUGUUUAUCGUUUGUCAAAAACGGGUACAUCAGCAUAUUCCAAAGCAUGGGACUGCUAAAGAAAGCGAAUCAGAAGAGACAAAAUGACCAAAAGAAGUUGCAGACACUGUGACGGAUUGUUGGGAGGACAAGGGACUCGCGUAGGCGCUGGUCAUCUACCUUAGAACUUGCUCGCACUUCUUUAACAGCAACGGUUUAAGAUAGGGAAUGAUUGAUUUCACUAAGGCAUUCCGAAUCCCGGAAAAAAUUUCAAGCAUUCUCGCCGAUUAUCAUCAUGAUUCAACAAACAAGGGUUGAAAAAUCCUCUUCAUAUCGUCAAGGCGUGUAAAGAAUACCAUCAAACCGUCAGCCAAGGGACAAAGGCCAAGUAGGAUGAAUCGCGUUCUCGUGUAAACGCUUGUCAACAACGAUCAUAAGGUGACAUUCCUCGUGUAAGCAGGCCCUAAAAGGUCGCACGGCCUCGUUUAUCCAUGUACUUGUUUAAACUCUAAUGAAAAGAAAAAGCCUACGCUCGUAUAAGGAGGAGGAGGUAGUAAACCAUAAAGCUCACGCGUAUGUUUUAUGAUGUCCUAACCAUUCGUGGUUCAAUAGUAAGGGGAGUGGUUAGUUUUUUAUUGUAUGUGGUUUUAACUACAUUUGACCUAGAACAUUGUCUUAAUGUCCUGUGCUCGCUGCCUCCUGGCGUCACGUUUUAUGGAUAUAGUAGUGGUAUUGAUACUUUACUUCCCUGUAUUUCCUCCUUAAUUUUGCACAAAUAAACCAGCAUGUGCCGAAAUUAUGUUAAAAAAGGAAGUUAGAUUGAGCAACGAACCAUUUGUCCAAGUUUUCUCUUGCGAUUGCAUGGAAAAUAGUCCUUCUCUGGCCUUCCUCCCUUCCUUCCACGGGAAUUUUGGCGGUUUUUUUAGCUUUAACAGUAUUGGCGUGGCUUUGGCGUGGCUUUGGCGUGGCUUUGGCGUGGCUUUGGCGUGGCUUUGGCGUGGCUUUGGCGUGGCUUUGGCGUGGCUUUGGCGUGGCACUGCAUCAAAUUUAUAAAUUAAUGACUGAAAUUGGCGUCGAACAUCAUUCAAAUUAACGAAGAUAAUUUCAAAACUCUCUCUCUGAGAUGAAAAAUAAAUUCCAACCUCGCUUUCAGGCAAUUUUAAUUGAACAAUAAAAUGGACCCCUAAAAAUUUUCGGCUAGUUUUUCUUGCCCCUUCGGUUUUGGCGGGUAUUUUUGCCCUAGGAAAAUGCUGGCGGAAAUAUCCGGCGGAGAGAAAAAAUGGAAUGCAACCUGGUUGGAGAUCUCUCGUGGUCAAAUCUAAUAUAUUGCUGCUCUCCUACAAAUUAACAAACCACUCAUCUUGCAAACAACAGCUCACUAUAAACGGCGUUCGGGUGAAUUGGUUACUAAACAAUCCUCAGUAAAUAGGACAGAGAGCUAAUUAAAAUCGAAAAUCUAAGCGAUUUUGAAAAUAAUGGUAUAAUUUUUGGGCAAUGUCGUAGUGUCUGUUUUAUUAUCUCAUAUCCUUUUUCCUUUUUUGUUAUGCUUCACUUAUAAUAUUAUACCGGUACCGUGUAAACGGAGCGCAAAAAAAACAAAGGUUUGAACCAUACCGGCAUGGCAAAACGCUUAUAGGUAUAUACGGAUUGAAUUUACAUAUAGUUUUAAGGCUAUCUCCUUUCCCAUAUUUGAUCAGAUGUUAGCAUAGAAAUCACUGAUGAUUCAAUCAUUUUGUAUUGAUUUAUAUUUUUUAACAUCAACAGAUGCCUGUUAUACGAGAUGUUAGGAGAUAACCUAGGGAACCUGGCUUGUAUCAGGUAUAAAUCAAAGUGAGAAUUUUUACUACUUCUUGUCUAUGGAGAUAGUCUAGCUAUUGCUAUUUCUAAGAGGACCAAUGUUGCUUCCCCGAUGCAGGAGAAAUUUCCUUGUCAAAAUUUCGCAUUCUUAUUUGAAUUUCUCGUUAACUUUUAUGAUGACAAUAAAUUGUAACCGGGCUCCUAAAGUUUCAUAUCUUUAAAGUGACGUAAUAGUUAUGAAGUUUGGUGACAAUGCGGAAGCUUAUUUAUAUAUUUCGUAUUUAAGAAUGUUGUCGUUGGUCCUUUCUUUACUCUCUGUUCUUUGUGCUUUGUAACAAAGUUUAAACACUGUGUUGCUAAUUCUUAUUAUUCAGCAGAGCGUAGCCUAAGCGGAAAGAUUUUAAAAGAUUUUCGUAUUUUUGCCGGGAAGAUUGUAAACAUGAUCGAUGUGUUCUUUCCUUGUAAUUGUUGAUCCCGCUAUUACUAGCAAAAUGUUAUUUGACCUACUCGUCAUUCAAGGAAUGCCUUUAUAUAUACUGUGAAGAGUUCCCGAAUCAAUCUUUCUUGCCGUUUUGUCUGUUCUCAAGGAAAGUCUCUUCGAAACACUGAGCAUAACUUUUUGAAUAAGAAGGAUUACAAAAUAUCUAGCGAUCUUAAAGGUUUAGCGCAAGGAAAUCUUACCUAUAAACCGCCUUUUGUCGGAUUUUUAGGAACUUAAUGUGACUGUGCACUGUGUCAUUGAAAAUUGUUGCUCUGAGAUUUCCCUCCAUGUGAAGUACUUUGCUCACACAAAGAGUACUUUUCAGCGUCAAAGAAUAGAAAAAAACGUUUUCUCUGAUCCCCUACUUUAUGACCAUACCCAUCGUUGUUAGAAGAGGGUAUCAGGUCUAUUGUCAAAGAGGGAUCACGAAUCAUGUUACGGAUAGGGCAGUGGCAGUUGCAACUUUUUGAAUAUCAUCAGAGGUUGAAUCAUCAGAGGUUCAAAUCUCGCCCAGAGCCCCACUUCUGCUGCCCCUGUUGUCUUCCCAAAACGUUUUUUGUUGAUCAAAAGACUCGCUCAUUUGGCAGUUUUGGUGCGGUUUUAUGUUUUAAUGUUAGAUAUUUAUGGAGAGAUUGGAAUGUCUUACAUGAGAACUCCUGUUUCUUGGUGAUUUUUCUUUAUUGUUUACCGUUAAAGCUAUUUAUUAGGUUCUUGGGCACACGAAAAUAGAAAUCAAAAAUUCGUUUGCUAAAUUGAUAGCUAAAAAAGAAGGUUCUGAUAAAAGGGUCUAAGCUGUCUUUUUGCAAUUAGGCAAAGAGCUGCAAUAAAAACUGCAAAAACGUGUUUUCAGGAUGAGAUUUUAGACAAUGGGACCAUAGAAUGGUAUAAUAUCCAGGGACGGAUUUCCCGGGGUUGUGGAGGCUCGAUACCCACUCCCCCAAUAAUUUUGUUUCCUUAGGUAAAUUUUGCUUCAAUUCGGUAAAAAUCAUUUUUUAAAACGAAAUGGUCAGUGGUAACAAUAUUUACUUUUUUAUCAUCCUACCAAUCUACAGUAAUUGUACAAGAUGUUGCUUAUACAAUCGUGUAUUUCAUAAUAGAGCAAGCGUGUGGUUGAAUAUGUGGCAUAUUUAUAAAAUUUCGUGCAUAGACAA